AUGUAUGCGAGGGCUGACCCGGACACCAUGGACCUUGAUCUUCUCCUCUCCACGGCGCUCUCCGCCGUCACGCUCGCCGCAUACGUGCACACGCUCUGUCCAGGCACGCCCGGCGGCGACGCCGGAGAGCUGCUGCAGGUCGCGCUCGAGCUCGGCAUCGCUCAUCCACCCGGGUACCCUCUUUGGACGAUGAUGGCUCAUGGCUUCUCUCGGCUUCCACUGCGCAACACCACCGCCGCAUGGCGCGUCAACCUCUCCUCCGCCGUCUAUGGAGCUCUGGCUGCAGGCACCCUCUCGCUCGGGGUCGGAUCUUGGAGCGGCUCGCCGUGGGCUGGCGUCGCUGCUGGAGGCGCCUUCGCCUUCUCUCCGCUCGUGUGGGAGUAUUCUGUGCAGUGCGAGCACACUGCCGUCUUCUUCGGCGCGCCGUUUGCGCUCUGGGCGCUGCUUGCCGGCCGCACUGCGCUGCUCCGCCCGGCGCCGCUCCUCCUGCUCGCCGCGGCUGGCCUGGCCGGUCUCAGCCCGUACCUCUACCUCGUGGCGCGCGGCGGCGAGUCCGCGGCGUGGGGCUCGUGGGGCGAGACAUCGACGGCGCCGCGCACGACCGACGCCGAGUUUGGCCUCCGCCUCCGACGCUUCUCGGAGUCCCUUUCGGAGGAGCUGCCGCCGUAUGCGGCUCCGAUCGCCCUGCUCGGCCUCUUCUCCUCGUUUGGGUUGCUUGGAACAGGGAGAGGAGGAGGCGGAAGAGGCGGUGGAGGAGGCGGCGGCGGCGGCGGAGGCGCAGCAGCAGCAGGCGGAGGAGUAGGAGGCGGAGGGGGGAACGCCGCCUCGUUACAAGACUCGCGCGGCGCUCCGGUCGCGGUGGCCGUCGGCGCCGCCUUUGCGCUGUACUCGCUCCUCUUCCUCUGGCUGGCCAACCUGCCCGCCUCGUCCGCCUUCUACCUGCAAGUCCAGCGCCGCUUCUGGACGCAGCCUCUCCUGCUGGUCGCCGCCUGGUUCGGACUCGGGCGGUGCACAGGCGGCGGGCGAGUGGCGGAUUGCGCUGACGUCCCGCUCUUCGACGCCUUUGGGGGCGAGGUGCUCCGCGCUCUGCCCGACAAGAGGCGCGUGCUGCUGCUGACGGUCGGCGAUGAGGUGGUCAACUCGGUGCGCUACCUCCACCGCGCUCUCGCCGUGCGGCAGAGGCUGGCCUUCUCCUCGGCUUUCUCCACGCCGCCGCUGACCAUCCUCGACCUCAACUACGCGCAGUUCCGCUGGUUCGUCCGGCGCGCGGCGAGAGCAGGCGCCGGCUUCGACGGCGUCUCGUGGCCGGGUGACGCCUACGGCUCCUCGCCGGGCAGUUUCCUCAUGGAGCAGCUCCUCGACGCAAACUACGACGCCUUCGAAGUGUACGUGUGUGGCGGGAUGCACCCCAGAGACGAGUCGUGGCGGCGCGGCUACCAGCUCUGGCCAGUAGGCCUCGUGUCCCAGGUCGUGCGGCGCGGGACGCCCUUCGACGCCCAGGAGUGGGCCGCGCGGUCGGCGCGCGCGCUGCCCCGCCUCGCGUUUGCGCGGCCGCCGCAGCCGGGCAGCUGGGCCGAGGUGGUGGCGAGAAACCAUUACGUGCCCGCUUACGCGCUGCGGCCCUUUGCGCUGCUCGAGGCGGCGUACGCGGCGAAGGGGCACGCGGCCGCAGAGAGGGCGCUGUUCAACGCCGCGGCGCGGCUGUACGACGAGACCGUGGCGGUGGAGCUCAACGGCUCGCUGCGCAUGCCAGAGUACGCGGUGCUCUCGCUGGCGGACACGUAG